GGAGUUCCAGCACUCGAGAUAGCUGCGGCCGGCGCUUUGGCUGGGCACCCGCUUCCCCAUCUCGGUUGGGAAAUUGAUUAUAUAGACUUUUUCAGCUCUCAAGCAAUCCGCCCUUUCCUAUCCAGUCGUGGCUCACCCAAAGCUUCCGAGGAAAGUGGGAUCUUUCGGUCCUUCCUGCAUUUCCGACCAUUACAGGAUCUAGAAAUGUCUACAACACUCUUAUCUGCCUUCUACGACAUCGACUUCUUGUGCAAGGUAAGGGCAGGGAAGCUCGCGCUCUUGUCUCUCUACCAGGGAGCAGAAAUAGUUCAGAGAAGUUUUGGCGCAAAACUGGUUUGCAGAAAGACCCUGUCCAAGGCUGCAAUCCUGUGCACGGUUACUUGGGAGCGAGUCCGCUUGAACCCCGUGGGACAGACUCACUGCUAAGCAUGCAGAGGAACGAGCUGCAGGAACGGCUUUGUUCUGCAACAAGUUGCGAGGGGGAAGAUUAAAACUUUUCGGCUCUCAGUAACUUCCCAGGGAACCUGCUGCUCCCUGUUGCUCGUGCAUCUCUUGUAGCCUUUCGCUUUGUAGUGGAGGGAGGUGACAGCGAAGAAGGGCAUAUUUGCAGUGGAGUGCCUGUUGUUGUGCUCAGUUGUUGUUGUUUGCUUUUAUCUUCCUUGUGAUUAUUCCAGUGUACGUGUGGGGUGGGUGUGUUUUAAAAUAAAAACUGCCAUGGCAAAUGUGUGGAAGCUGAAGCUUGCUACUGCAAGGUCCGGCUGUGUUGAAUCGGAACUCUUUCGUGCAGCCCCUCCGGAUUGGUGGGAGGGGUUUCGGAGCACCCCUCGAAAAGUUUUAAAUUGCAGAUAGCUGCUUGGAGCGGGAGGGGAGGGAGCCUUGACAACCAAGACCGCAUGGAUACGCGAAUGGAGCUGGCGGGGGCUCCUCUUGGGCGAUUCCGCUGAGGAAAGACCCUUGUGGUUGGUGCAGAAAAGCGAGAGAGAGGUGCUGGAGACUUGCAAGCCCCUGUCCUUUCCCCAGGCUCCCGGCAGUCACGGUGCACCGUUUUUUCCCCUUUUUCUUUUCUUUCUCCCUCCCUUCUCUGCCCCGUUCUCCCCUUCUCCCCCACCCUCCCUUCUGGCUCCCAGACCGAGAAAUCCCUGAGCAGCAUGCUGGACAAGAAGGCGGUGGGGAGCCCCGUGGGCACUUCGCCCAGCUCCAACUUCGCGCCGGGCUUCCUGCGGAGGCAUUCGACCAGCAACCUGCAGGCUCUGGCUAACGGCAACGCCAAGUUCCCGGCGGGCUCGCCGUCGCCUUCGCCCUCUUCCUUCGGCGGCCUCAAGGAGCCUGGCACCGGAGGAGGAGGAGGCGGCGGCGGCGGCGGAGGGAGCAGCAGCCCCACCACCGCCUUGCUGAACAAGGAGAACAAGUUCCGAGACCGCUCGUUCAGCGAGAAUGGCGAGCGCAGCCAACACCUCAUGCAGCAGCUCCAGCAGCAGCAAGUGGUGGUGGUGGCGGCUUCUUCGGCGGGGAAGGGCGGCGGCGGCAAUGGCAACGGCGGAGGGGGCGGCGGCGGGGCUCCCAUCAACUCGACGCGCUACAAGACGGAGCUGUGCCGGCCCUUCGAGGAGAGCGGCGCCUGCAAGUACGGCGAGAAGUGCCAGUUCGCGCACGGCUUCCACGAGCUGCGCAGCCUGACGCGCCACCCCAAGUACAAGACGGAGCUGUGCCGCACCUUCCACACCAUCGGCUUCUGCCCCUACGGGCCGCGCUGCCACUUCAUCCACAACGCCGACGAGCGCCGCCCUGCGCCCGCCAACGGCAGCGGCGCCAACCCCGCGACGCCGCAGCACCAGCCGCCGCCCCACCAGACCAGCGCGCCGCCCCCGACGCACAGCGGCGGCGGCGGCGGCCACCACCACCCUCUGCACCCGCCGCACGCGGGAAGCACCGGCGACCUGCGCGCCUUCGCGCCCUCCGCCCGCGACCACCCGCUGGCGGGCGGCGGCUUCGGCAUCCCCCACCCUCGAGGCGGAGGAGGAGGGGACAGGCCCAAACUGCACCACAGCCUCAGCUUUUCCGGCUUCUCGGCGCACCACCACCAGCACCACCACGGAGGGGCGCCGGGCGGCUUGGAAGCGGCGGCGGCCGCGGCCGCGGCGGCAGCCUUGCUCCUGGAAAGCCCCGGCGGGUCUCGCACGCCGCCGCCUGCGCGCUCCUCGGGCGGCUCGUACUGCGACGAGCUGGUGGCCUCCCCGCCGUGCGCCAACAACGCCUUCGCCUUCUCGGCGGGCCAGGAGCUGGGCAGCCUCAUCGCGCCGCUCGCCCUCCACGCGCCGCCGCCGCCUCCCCCCUUCGCCAACGCGGCCGCCACCUUCUACCGCUGCCACCAGCAGCCGGGCGGAGGAGGAGGCGGCAGCGGCGGGGCGGGAGGAGGAGGAGGCGGGAACUGCUGCCCGCCGCCCGGCCCUCCGGCCUCGCCUCCUUUCACCUUCCAGCCUUUGCGCCGCCUCUCCGAGUCGCCCGUUUUCGACGCCCCGCCGAGCCCUCCGGAUUCCCUGUCCGACCGAGAGAGCUACCUGAGCGGCUCCCUCAGCUCGGGCAGCCUGAGCGGCUCGGAGUCGCCCGGCCUGGACUCGGGCAGGCGCCUGCCCAUCUUCAGCCGCCUCUCCAUCUCCGACGACUAAGGAGGCGCCAGGAGAAAGUGGGACUUUGGGGGCGCAGAGGGCAGGUGUCCUAUGGUUGUCAAUCCUUGGGGACCCCUGCUUUUUUUUUGAAGGGAGGGUCCCUCGUUGGGCAAGCUACCCCCUUUCCCCCCUUCAAUGCCCCCUAUUAUUUCCCUGCCUUCUCACCAGGAGCAGAGACUGCAGCAGCCUCCAGAUACUAGCCAAACUCGCACAGACCCUUUUCUGUUUUCUCCCCCACACUUUUUUGUGUGUUCCUUUUUAAGCAAGAGAAAUCCUUUUGAUUGCUGAGCAAAUUCAGAGAGGAGACAGAAAAAAAGAAGCUUCCCCCUGCCCCCCCCUUAUCAAGAGCUGAACAAAUGCCAGUUUGUGAAAGGGCAAAUGAUGUCAUCAAGAGAACAAUCUUAUUUUUAUAUAUCUAAAGAGACUGGAAGGAGAGGAUUUCUCCUCCCCGCCCCCUCUUUUUAGACUAGGUUAUAAAUGUGCACCACCAGCAGCAGCCAUUCCAUCUUCCAAGUGUGUUUUAUGGGGAGGGGAGGAGACAAAGGGUAAUAAUAAGCAUUAGCAAACAGUUCUGCCCAAUCCUACUCCCCCAGGAAUCAACAAUCAUUCUGGAGGCCUAUGAACUCUGCAUUCCAGGUCCCUCCAGAUCGCUAUACAACAACAAAAAAAGAAUUUAAAGUAAGGAGUGUGGGGUUUUUUUUGCCUUUCAAUCAAAUUUAAAGUAAAUAUACUAAAUGUAUAAGCUUUUAAAAGAAAAAUCCAACAUCCUGCCAAGAAUAUGCCUUGAUAACACUCUAGUUUUUUUAUAUAUAUCUUAUAUAUAUUAUAACAUGCUAAAACUUCCAUUCCAAAGUUUAAUAUUGGUUCCAUUGCCACCACUUAGUGGAUGUUUGGCUUAGAACAAUUUUUUUGUUGCUUUAUUUGGAAGCAUUCAACUGAAUUUAGUUUGUAAUUGUUGGAGAAUAACUGCUGAUUUUUUAAUUUUUUUUUAGCUGAGUUGAUUGCGCAAGUCACUGCACAACUCAAUAUGAAACUAUUUAACUUAUUUAUUAUCUUGUGAAAAGUAUACAUUGGUAAUUUGUUCAUACUGUAUUUAUCGGGUAUGAUGAAAAGCAAUAGAUAUAUAUUCUUUUAUUAUGUUUAAAUUAUGAUUGCCAUUAUUAAUCGGCAAAAUGUGGAGUGUGUUCUUUUCACAGUAAUAUAUGCCUUUUUGUAACUUCACUUGGUUAUUUUAUUGUAAAUGAGUAAAAUUCUUAAUUUAAGAGAUUGUAUGUAAUAUUUAUUUCAUUAAUUUCUUUCCUUGUUUACGUAAAUUGAAAGAUUGCAUUGGCCUUUUUUUAUAUAGAAAUCUGACUCAAUGCUGUGGAAGUAGUUUUGAGAAAUUUCAAUGGGUUGUGUUUUUUUUAGAAUGUACAAUGGUUGUAACCCGUCCAAGUUUAAACCUACUUUGCAAUCAGAAUUUAAAGUGGCAAAACCUAAUUCAAACUUUUAAAAUUAACCAAAAAGUAUUCGUGUUGCCUAACUUCACCAAUCACACUGUGAUAGUUAAAAAGUAUGUAGCAAUAAAGAGGGGGGAGGGGGGAGCCCAGUAUUACGUCCCACAGUGCCUUCAUAAGGGUCCAUGCUUGCCUUAAAUCUUCCUCAACCAAAUGAGUAUUUUCUUAAUGCUUGAGAAUUUGAAUGUAGGGCUGGGGGUUUUAACUACAUGAAAUUGUACCACUCGUAUAAGUAAGGAGGCCACAUUUGGGACCUGAACCUGUAAAUGUGUUCAGGAUCAUAUCUUUUACAGUUCCAAAACAUGAAACUUUUUGUUUGGAAAAAAAAGUCAGGAGUUAUACAAAACUUUCAUGGGAGGGUGAAUGGAUGAAUGAGCAGUACCUUUUUUUUUUUUAAUUAAAAAAAGAAAAGAAAACGUACAUAGGUACAGAUUCAGCACUAUGUACUCUUUGGACUACUUUAACAUAAGAAGUAUGUUUUGAAUGUAACUAGAAGAUAAGUCAACUUGAGUUGUAAUAUAUUUUGGAGAGUCAGUUCACUACAAAUUUGGAGUGCGAGACUGUAAACUUUGUACUGUAAAUGUUUUGUAGUUCUCCCAAUAAAAACUCUUGAGGAAAAAAAAAUCCCAAGCUAUUAAAAGCCAAUGUCUG